AUGGAGCUUUUUGUAGACUUCAAAGGAAGUAAUCAUAGAGUUUCUUGGGAGGACACAAAGGAAGUGUGUGGCCGACGACUCCUGUUCACAGGUUGUCCUUUUUUCAUAAUUGGCAACAAGAAGCACAACUGCCAGCAUGGCAAAGACAAAAAUGCUGCAGCAAAAAUUUCUCGGAAUAAGCAGGAGGAUGGGGACUUCAAUUUCAAGAAGAGGCAAUUCAAUGCACAGCCCACCAAAAAGAAAAACUGCCCUGCUAGACUCAUACUGCGUGGAAUCAUUGCCUUUCAUGACUACAAGGUACUGUACACUACACUGCUUUCUAUGUAUACACAAACUUCUAAUUUAAUGAACCUGUUGUCAUGGGAACAAUCAACUUCUUAUCAGAUAUUGCAUGAGCAUGCAGUUUAUGAGCAAAUAUCUUCUACCUUACAUCAGUCUACCAAAAACCUUAAACCUGUUCAUUUUCAUCUACAGGGAAGUGGUCUAUCACAGCCUGUUGAUACACGCAUCAUUAAGAAGAUUGAAGAGUUAGUAAAUGAUGGUGUGAAGGACACAUACGAAAUGAGAAGACACUUAAAGAUCUUUGUCAAAAAAAAACUGUUCACUGAAAACAAUGCUCCAUCAUCCUUCAACCCCAGGUUUUUCCCCAAAAUGGGUGACAUUAGAAGCCAUAUGUACCGUGCCACUGUUAAAAACAGGUUCUCUAAAAUCGACCAGGGGAAUGUGGCCGAAAAUGUGAGCCAAUGGAAGGAGCAGAACCCAGAGGACUUCUUUUUCUUUAGACCACACGGAGGAGCCUCUGCCAGUGAGGAGGACCCAGUUGAAGAUCACAAUAAUGAUGAUGAAGAAGAGGAGCUGGAGGCUGGAAAAGAACAAGAGAUAAUAAUCAACAUGCCAAAACGAAACUCUCUUCUUUUUGUUCACCAAAAUGUGUGGCAGAGGAGGCUACUGAAAAGAUACGGAAACGGCAUUUGCCUACUUGAUGCCACCUAUAAGACUACCAAAUACGCCCUCCCACUAUUCUUCCUGGCAGUCCGUACAAAUGUUGACUACCAAGUAGUAGGGUCAUUUGUCACCCAAGAUGAGACAACACCAUCGCUCAUUGAAGCCCUCACCCUCCUUAAGCAAGCAACACCAACAUGGAGUCCUGAGUAUUUCAUUACAGAUAACAGCAAACAGGAAAUUGCAGCAAUUGAGACUGUUUUUCCAGGGUGCAUGGUUUAUCUGUGUGACUUUCAUAGAGAGCAGGCGUAGGAGAGAUGGGCGAGUAAAAUAUCAAAAGAAUGUAGAUGGGUCCAGGCAUUUAGAGAGAACAUUUCUGUGCACACAAACAAUGGGGUGGCGCGGCAGAAUGAGGAGCUGAAGUACAACUUUCUCUCAAGUCAUCGAGACAAGUCACUAAGUGGCCUGUUGUCAGUGCUAAUCAAUGAAUAUUUUCCAGAAAAAUAUGCAAGGUAUAUUGAGAAAAAUACAAGGCCGAAAUAUGUAAUAGACAUGGCAAGGCAGAGAAUAAUCAGUGCAGAGGAGGUUGCAGACACAGGAGUUAAUGCAAGAGAUCUAGAGCACUUUUUUGCUGUUUUCAAAAAAUUCCCUCAGUGGGGAUGGGACAGACUGCCCUCCACCUUUUGAAAUUCUCCUAUAUUCACACUAGAUGAUGCUGUAAUUGGGCUGACUAAUGAUCUUUCUACAGCACAUGCAUCCCCUUCUAUUCCAGAUGACACAGCUAACCUCACAAUACCAAGAAUCCCCAGAAUCACUGCCAACCAGAAAGCGAAAACCUGUGCCACAAGGCCUUGGGAAAAGCUGCAGAGAGCUACUGCAUGAAAAAAAAGACCUCACAUUUCAGGUGGACCAUGGCCAUCUGUCUAAGUUACAUUCACAACUUGCAAAUGUACACAGGGAACUAAUGCAUUGUGUACCAAGAGAUGGUGGAUUGGUUCUUAACGAACCAGAAAGUAAAAAGCGGAAGACAAACAUGUCAAAGAUCCCACUUCCAGUAAAAAGGAAAAACAAAUUCUCUGGUAGAGUUGGCAGUCAUGCAGCAACCAUGAGGAAAACUUUCAAUGUGCAUGUACCAGUUAGAAUGUCCACGAAAUCAUUAAAGCCUAUCAAUCCAUUAUCUAAUCCCAAGCCCAACAAUCCAUCAUCUAAUCCCAAGCCCAACAAUCCA